AUGGCACGGUCUGAUCAGGAUGAUUUUGAUGAAGAGGGAUUCUGCCAGCCGUAUAGAGGGAUAGCCUGUGCCCGCUUUAUAGGUAACCGCAGUAUCUUCGUCGACUCGUUGCAGAUGCAGGGAGAGAUCGAGACACAGAUCACAGCGGCCUUCACCAUGAUCGGGACGUCCAACCAUUUGUCUGAUCGUUGCUCUCUGUUUGCUAUCCCGUCUCUUUGUCACUUUGCCUUCCCGACGUGCGACCGCAGCACUGGAACGGACAAACCCCGGGACCUUUGUAAAGACGAGUGUGAGAUCCUGGAGAACGACUUGUGUAAGACAGAGUACAUUAUCGCCCGCUCUAACCCCAUCAUCCUGAAGAGACUGAAGCUCCCUAACUGCGAGGACCUGGCGGCCUUCGACAGCCCAGAGGCCGGAAACUGUCUGAGGAUCGGCAUCCCAAUGGCCGAGCCCAUAAACAAGAAUCACAAGUGUUACAACAACAGCGGGGCGGACUACAGAGGGACCGUCAGUAAGACCAAGUCCGGGCGUCAGUGUCAGCCCUGGAACUCCCAGUACCCUCACAGCCACACCUACCUGGCCGUCCGCUACGCCGAGCUCAACGGAGGACACUCGUACUGCCGUAACCCCGGCAACAAACUGGAAGCCCCCUGGUGCUUCACGCUGGACGAAGGGGUCCGCUUGGAGAUGUGUGACAUAGCCGUCUGUGACCAUAAAGACAAGUCUAGUGGCGGCAACAUGGAGAUCUUGUACAUCCUGGUUCCCAGUGUGGCGAUCCCCUUAGCCAUCGCCUUGCUAUUCUUCUUUAUAUGUGUGUGCCGCAACAACCAGAAGUCCCCCACGCCUCCGGCCCCCCGCCAACCCAAACCUGUCCGGGGACAAAACGUAGAGAUGUCCAUGCUCACAACGGCAUACAAACCAAAGAGUAAGGCCAAAGAGCUUCCCCUGUCGGCUGUGCGUUUCAUGGAGGAGCUCGGAGAGUGCUCUCUAGGGAAGAUCUACAAGGGACACUUGUAUCUGCCGGGCAUGGACCAGGCCCACCUCGUGGCCAUAAAAACCCUGAAGGAUGUCUCCAAUGUCCAGCUGUGGGCUGACUUCCAACAGGAGGUCGCAGUGCUGACGGAGCUGCAGCACCCGAACGUGGUGUGCCUGCUGGGCGUGGUGAUCCAGGAGCAGCCUGUCUGUAUGCUGUUUGAGUUUUUGCCCCAAGGCGACCUCCACGAGUUCCUCAUCAUGCGUUCCCCACACUCUGAUGUUGGAUGCAGCAGCGAUGAGGACGGCACUGUGAAGUCCAGCCUGGAUCAUGGAGACUUCCUACAUAUGUCCAUACAGGUGGCUGCUGGUAUGGAGUACUUGGCCUGCCACUUUUACACCCACAAAGACCUUGCCGCUCGUAACAUUCUAGUGGGUGAGCAGCUCCACAUCAAGAUCUCCGACCUGGGUCUCUCCCGAGGGAUCUACUCCUCGGACUACUUCUGUUUGCAGCCCAAAACUCUCCUCCCCAUCCGCUGGAUGCCCCCCGAGGCCAUUACCUACGGCAAAUUCAGCACAGACUCGGACAUCUGGUCAUUCGGAGUGGUUUUGUGGGAGAUCUUCAGCUAUGGGCUGCAGCCCUAUUACGGCUUCUCCAACCAGGAAGUGAUGGAGAUGGUGAGAAAGAGGCAGCUGCUGCCCUGUCCCGAGGACUGUCCGCCAAGGUUUUAUGGCAUGAUGGCUGAAUGCUGGCAGGAGGGACCAGCACGUCGGACGCGCUUCAAAGAAAUCCAUGCUCGCCUGCGGGCCUGGGAGGGGCAUUCAUCCCAUGCCAGCUCCAGCACGCCCUCUGGGGGCGGAGGCAACGCCACCACCCAGACCACCUCGCUCAGUGCCAGCCCCGUCAGCAACCUCAGCAAUCCCCGCUACGCUGCUGCCGCGGCUGCUGGGUACCUCUACCAGGCCCAGGCUAUCCCCUCGCAGGGUCAGAUGGCCCCGAUGCAAGCCUGGGCGCCAAUGGCUGUGACGCAAACCCACCAGCGCUUUAUCCCUGUCAAUGGAUACCCCAUCCCACCAGGAUACGCUGCUUUUCCAGCCCACUUUGCUCCACCAAUCCCACCAACCCGGGUCAUCCAGCACCACCUGCCCCCUCCUAAAAGCCGCUCACCCAGCAGUGCCAGCGGCUCCACCAGCACGGGGCACGUGAGCGGCGUCCCCUCCACCACAGGCUCCAACCAUGACGCCAACACGCCGCUGCUCUCCCACUGCAUCAUGCCAGGUAACGGUGGAGGGCAGAUUCAGCUGUACGGACAAAUUUGCCAGAAAGGAAUGGGACAACUGGACCACCCAUCACAAAUGGCGCUGCUCGCUGAUUCUGACACACUGAUGUACAACGACUCGGUCAUCGUCGCAGACCUGUAGAUAAAAAGAGAGGUACACACUCUUUCUGCUCGGGACCCACAUUUGAGAAGUUUAGCCUCUCACGCAUGGGACCCAGUUCUACCCUCGUCACUUGGAGGUGCCUGUAAGCACAUUUGAGAGAGCAAGAAACACUGCCGCAGCUACACAAAUAUAUACAUAGCUGUCUGACUUUUUAAUGCCUUAUUGUUUAAAGCAUUUGUACUUACUACCAUGGUUUGGGAAUGUUGUGUUAUUAUUUUUAACCUCUGUGUAAAUAUGGUACAAAAGUCCUGAGUGAAUGAGUGAAAUACAAAGAUAUAUAUUCAAAACAAACGUUAAAAUUAAAAUGGAAGCAAGUCGAUCCUGCGGCAGAGGAAAUGGUUUGAAUCACAGUCUGAAAAAAGAUUGUGUGUCGACAUUUGAGUUAACGGAUCGUUUUAAUGCAGAAUGUGAAGGAAACACUGACAUUUUUACCCUGACCCUAAGGUGCCUUUCAGCAGGGGUGCAAGUUGCUUGUUUCUGGACUUAUUUGAAUACAAAAAUGUGCUUUACAUUUGCUUGUAUAGUCAAAUAAACUGCAUUUAGCAAGCGAUAAUCGAGAGAGAAAAUGCAACAGCAGGUUGAACAAACAAGAAGGUCAACAGCUUUUACUAAGAAGACCAGAAAAGACCUGUUUGAAUAUGUAUCGAUGUGCAUAUUGAAGUCAGACAGCUAAUGGCUAUGUGACAGCUCCCCAUUGAAGCCGCUGGAAUUUAAACUAAAAAGAUAAAGGUGAUACGUUGGCUAAAGAAAUUGGUGCAGGCUUUGAGAUCUGGCAUUUUCUCACAAAAUCUCUUCGGAAAUGACCCCUGAAUGUUAUUUGUGCAACAACGUGACACUUUGCAACAUGGACACAGGCCUCCUCAUCAGCCUUUUGUUUCUCCUUCCAUUCCUUCAUCAUGUCCCCCUCCUCCUUUUUCCUCUUUUCCCCAUCAUCCACCCUCCCAGAAGAGCAGGCAUGGCAUCUAACUUCAGAAUUCGAUCUACAAAUGAUCUACAAAUGAAACAACAGAAUGCUCAUGAUCCUCCACAGUAAAAAUGUAUUGGUCUCAUGGAACAAUUUACAGUCAGUGAUGUCAAACUGAAAGUCCCCCUGACAAAAGAAUAUGUAUAAUAAGUGUAAUUUCAGUUUUCCCAGUAUUUGAGAUUUUUCGUAAAGAUUGUAUUCAUAGGGCUUAUCUUCACGUCUUUGACUUUUUCUUUCCUGUAUUACCUGUGCUUGUUUUGUUGAAAAAUCAUUUUUCAAGACAUGGAGGACGGAAUGUACUCGAAGCAGAAACAGUCAAGCAGAUAAGGCUCCUCGUAGACAAUUUUACCAUUAAACAAAUCUGCCUCAUCUACGUGAACAAGAACUCCAAUGAACAGUAUGUUGGAUAUGCUCAACACCCACUCUGUGCCUUUGCAGUAGGAUGCUAGAUUUAAAUAAGGAUCAUUUUCCUGAGCUGGGGACCGACUGUGUCACUGGGUGCAGAGAGAUUUAUGUACUGUUUUUCUUAUAUUUGGUUCCUUAAGAGAAAAUGGUCAGUAUGCUAAUAUUGUUAUUUCUAAAUGUCUGGCAGCAAUUGUGCUGACAUGUAAGCAAUCCCGACAAGUGAAGCUUCUAAUGGUAAAAUAUCUCAAUUAAUAUGACCGUAAUGUUUUGUUCGGAGUCUGUGAAAUCACAGCUGUUAUUUUAUUUUUAUUUCAACAUGUCCAGUAGCAGGUCAUUUUAUACGGUUUUGGACACAAUUGGCCAAAUACUAAAACGUUUUUGGUUAAUGAUGAAUCAUUUUCAGUCCUGUAAUCACACAUAUAAUGCCGAAGCUGUCUAUUAAUGUUUAAUUAUGGUAGAAGCACAGCUUAAUAUGAAGCUUUUGUUAUUAAAAUAACAACAUAUAGAUAAGAGAAACAGCUGAAGUUUGCAAAGUUUGGUAUCUUAGUUAGUUACCUUCAGUGCCUUCUGGUUAGUAGACAAUCAUUGGUUUUGAAAGUUGUAAAAGUGUCCCAGACUGUACGUGUUGCACUUCUUAUCACUCUUAGAAUCCGCUGUAUUCACUAACCAAACACACUUUAGUCGGGCACAAGGGUACGCUGAUAGCAUUUCACUGUGUAUCUGCAGAGCAUGAAGCGAUGUGAAAACAGCAUGCUGCCUGUAGUGCACUUGUUUUAAAUUGUCAUUUGUGGAAUGUAGAUAGACAACACUUUAUCUGUUCAGUUUUUACUGUAUGUACCCUUAUAAACUUUAACCCUUCUAAUCAUACCAGAUAUCCAUACAAGAAAAGUAGCUGCCCCAAUUCACUGCAGACUAAAAUGACUAUGAAUCAGAUUUAGAUUAGACUGAGCUUUUGUUUUCCCCCUAGACCAUUUAUUCAACCAUGGUAAAAAAAAAAAGCAGCUUGUCUGUUAAAAGCUAAAUGAAGGGAGAAGAUUGUAUUUAGUCCAAGUUAGUUUGACUCGUGUUAACAUAAUGUUCCAAUUAUUUCAUUGCUGUCUUUUGCCUAUUUUUCUUUUUGUUCCUUUGAAGCAGAUCAAACUACCUUGGGCAUCUGAGUUUGUACACAUGACAUCUAGCUUGUAACAGACUUACGUGUAUGAAUAUAGCAGUGCAAAAACCACUUGUACACAAGACUGUGAAUCUAAAUCAAGUCUGGUUAUUUUUGGAUUUGGCCAAAAUCGUUAUUGUGCCUUUUGUAAUACUAUAUAUCCAUAAGAGAAGAAUACAAUUACAUUUAUAUUUCAAUGACAAUGUACCCGUUUCAGAAGGUUUACAUGCUUAUCCUUUUGACCAUGAGGCCUUUACUUUGUAUUUCGUCUGAACAUUUUUGCACAGAUGUUUUGUAUUGCAAAAUCAUUUAUUAAAUG